GGUUUGUUUUGACUGCUUGUACUUCCUACGGGAAAAUACUUGCUUCAGGUAGAUUUCUUCUAGGAGUCAAAAGUCCCAAGUCCAGUUACUUCUGCAGUUAUACAGCACUGUUUGGAAUGUUUGCAGCAACGUAAACAAGUUUCUUGGUGUGUGGUUUCAGCACAGCAUGGCUGUGGUCAUCCACUUGCAAGGUGUUCCGAUUGCGGUGGGGACCAUGGACUUCUCUGGAUUGACCAUUCCCGAUGGGGGCGUGCAUAUUGUAGGGGGUGAACUGGGGGAAUAAAAUCAGCAGUGUUGAUAAUACAAAAUGACAAAACAUCCUCCGAAUAGAAGAGGGAUCAACUUUGAGGUGGGAGCCCAGUUGGAAGCCCGUGACAGAUUAAAAAACUGGUAUCCAGCCCACAUUGAAGAAAUUGAUUAUGAAGAGGGGAAAGUACUUAUCCAUUUCAAGCGCUGGAACCACAGAUAUGAUGAGUGGUUUUGUUGGGACAGUCCUUAUUUGCGUCCCCUAGAGAAAAUACAGUUAAGAAAAGAGGGAUUGCAUGAGGAGGAAGGUUGUGCAGGAUUUCGUAUCAAUGAUCAGGUGUUGGCAUGCUGGUCUGACUGUCGCUUCUAUCCAGCCAAAGUUACUUCAGUUAACAAAGAUGGUACAUACACUGUGAAAUUUUAUGAUGGUGUAGUACAGACAGUCAAAAACAUUCAUGUCAAGGCUUUUUCCAAAGAUCAGAAUAUUGUGGGUGAUGCUAAGCCUAAGGAAAGAGGUAAUGAAAUUCCGUCAUCUCCUGAAAACCAGGAGAAAUUUAAAGAGCAGAGGAAAGCAACAGGUAGUGCAAAGAAAGACGAAGAUGAAAAGACAUUAAAGACUGAGAAACGAGUUAAACAGCCUGAUAAAGAGGGGAAGUUUAUAGUCAUCUCAGAAAAAGGCAAGAUCUCAGAAAAGAAUAUAUCUAAGAAUGGAAAAGAAGAUAAAGAGAAUAUAUCAGAGAAUGAUAUGGAAUAUUCAGUAGAUACACAAAUUGAGAAGAAGCCUGAGAAUGACAAGGUAAAGAGUCCACAGGAAAACGGGAAGGAAACUAAGCGAAAGCGUGGCAGACCACCUGUAACACCUUCCACGGAGCCAAGUUCUCAGACACUGCAGCCCAUAACUUUGGAGUUAAGAUGUCGGAAAAUACCUAAAGGAGGUGAUGUUCCAUUGAAGCGUCCCAGGAUUGAAAAGAACUUGUCUGUUCCAGCUCAGGAAAAAUCUAAGAACUCUUCAGAUAAUGCUGAGAGAGACCAGAUCAGGAGGCGAUCUUCAAGACUCUCAUCCAGUAUUAGCCAUGAGAUUUUAAAUACAGAUCUUGUCACAACUUCCACGGAAAUUCAGACUUGGAAAGAUGCAGUACCUAACCAAAAUGAAUCCGAGAAAGUCCAGUUAGAAAUUCCUGUUGAACCUGACCAAAGUUUGGGUGAGCAAGGAUCACCUGCAAAUCCAUCACAUAGCACAGCCCUCAGUCCAGAUGCCAGUUUGCAGGAAGAAAAAGCUGAGGACACUGAGUCUUCUUCUGUUCCUGCCAGAACUCCAGAACCUUCUGCUGCUACAGGUUCAGUAACAAAACCUUGUAGGAGAACAGAUUUUCUUGCAUCAAAAAAAGCUGCAACUGUUGACCAAGAUCACAAGUUUAGAUGCAAGUUCUUGGACUGUUCAAAAUCCUUCCGCAAAGCCAAGUUAUUGCAUUAUCACAUGAAAUACUUUCAUGGCGUGGAGAAGGCUGCAGAAUCACAGCAGAACCCUGUAAAAAGAAAUAUUCAAACCAGAGCUUCUUUGGCUUCUGAAAAAGCUAAUCAAGAAAGGUCAAAAAGAGGACGGACCACAGCUGGUUCACUGUAUGCUCCUCCACACAUAGCCCUCAGGAGUACCCCAUAUAGAGAUGAAAAAGUAGAAAGGAGAAGAACUUCAGCUCCUGUAAGUGUGUUAAAUAGCCACCGACAUUCUAUUAGAGACCAAAGCAGGAACCACAUAGCGAGAGCGCUGCGGAGACCUCGGGAGAGAGUUCAGCAUGCUGUUAAAGGACAUGAGAAGAAGAAGGAAAAAAAAUCCAAAGACUAUGGAAGAUCCAAGUCAAAGAAAAAGAAAAAAAAGAAAAAGAGGUCUAAGCCUGGAUAUUCAGGCACUGGGGAGAACACAGAUACCUCACAAGAGCUUUCACCAGAAAAAUCAGUUGUUACAAAAUCUAAUUCUUCAAGUAAAUCAUCUGCUCACCCGAGUACACUGCUGCACUGCACUGAUUCUGGACAGCACAAGGGAAAAUCAAAAGCAAAUGAGGAUGACACCCUGAGUGAGUCAUCUAUGGAUAGCUUGCCUUGGAGUGAGGAUGACUGCAGUCAGGAUGUUGAUGUAACCACCAACCCUGAUGAAGAAGUUGAAGAAAGUGAUUUUGAGAUGGUUCGGUGUGUUUGUGAAGUAAAAGAAGAAAAUGACUUCAUGAUUCAGUGUGAAGAGUGUCUGUGCUGGCAGCAUGGAGUCUGUAUGGGCUUAUUGGAAGAUAAUAUACCUGAGAAAUAUACCUGCUAUAUUUGCCAAGAUCCUCCAGGUCAGAGGUCCAGCCUAAAGUACUGGUAUGAAAAGGAGUGGUUGAGUAAUGGUCACAUGCAUGGCUUAGGAUUUUUGGAAGAAAAUUACUCCCACCAGAAUGCCAAGAAGAUAGUGGCCACUCACCAGCUGCUUGGUGAUGUACAGCGAGUGAUCGAAGUCCUGCACGGGCUGCAGCUGAAGAUGAGCAUUUUACAAAAUAAAGAACACCCUGAUUUAAAGCUUUGGUGUCAUCCAUGGAAGCACAUCACAGUGGACGAAAAAAUCCAUACAAAACACAUCAUUCACUUUGAGGAAAACUGUUGCAAAGAGGAGACAGCAAGUUAUAGAACUUGGAAUGGGACAGUUGAGAAACCCUCAACAAUUCCUUCUGUGGAGGAAUCUUACAUUACAAGUGAACACUGUUACCAGAAGCCUCGAGCCUACUACCCUGCCAUAGAGCAGAGGCUGGUUGUGGAAACAAGAGGUUCAGCCAUGGAUGAUGGAGUGAACAGAAUAAGGGAAAAUGGGGAUGAUACCCUCUCCGAGAGGUUUGGCUGGAAUCUGGACCAAGAAAUAUGCAAGAUGGAAAGUGAAUCCAAACACAAUUACUCCAAGGUGAGAGAGUCUGUCUCUAAGAAGGUCUCUCCAGAGGAAGCUAUUGAAAUGAAGUUGCUGGAAAAAGACAAAGAGGGAGUUGUGAACUCGCAGCUGCAGUGGCAGCUCAAUCUUUUAGCUCAUGUGGAAUCUCUGCAAGAUGAAGUCAUACACAGAAUGGAUUUCAUUGAGAAGGAGCUAGAUGUUCUGGAGAGUUGGCUGGAUUACACAGGAGAGCUGCAGCCCCCAGAACCACUGGCUCGACUCCCCCAGCUCAAGCACUGCAUCAAGCAGCUGAUAACAGACCUGGGCAAAGUGCAGCAGAUUGCACUGUGCUGCUCCACGUGAGGCUGGGCUGGGAGUGCUGCAGAGCUGGAGUGUCUGAUGGGAGCAGAAUCUGGAAGAGAAACUGGCAUGCAUGGGAUGCAGAUUGACUUCAGGGACUUGUGAAGAAGUGUUGUUCAAAGAGCAAAAAGGUUAUUUCAGGUCUAUUAGAUGAUUAUAAUGCUGUGGGAAAGGUCAUACUCUUGUCUCCAGAGGUUGCCUGUUGGUUGAUAAGUUACACUCAAAUUUUCACUCCUUACAAGUUGCUCAUCAAAACAGUAGACUUUUUCAUCAUUAAAUUGACUAAAAAUUGUGCCACUGAAGAACAGAGUUCUAAGAGCCAAAAAAGUUUGGUUGACAGGGGUUGUAAAUAACUUUGCAUAGUUUAAGUGACUCAUGUCAUGUUUUAUUUCUUCUGGUUUAUGCAUACUAGCACUCAGUAUUUAAUCAUUAGGAGAUGUUAUAACCGUUUCAGACUUAGUAAGUAUGAGUGUCCAGCUCUUGACUACGAAAGUGUUACGUGGAGGUUUUCAUGUAACAGUGGCCUGACCCACACUUCUGUUACAAUAAAUAACGUAGCAGGAGGUCACAGGUGGAUUGCACUUAUUUUCAGAAUAAAUGAUUGUUUUCCAUAUUUAUCGUGUCUCUGUCACAUGCCUGGGUACUGAGGAGGCCCAUGAACGUGUCUGUGCAUUCUUGGCUCUUCCUGCUGCUGGGAUCCCUCCUUGCAGGAGUUCAGAACAGGACUGGAGCCACACUGAGUUCAGACUGCAGCAUGGUCUGUCAUGGAUGUGAUGUAUUUUCUACCAUUUGUUAAUAAUUGCCAUUCCAGUUAUAUUUGGAAAUGUAGAUUAUUUUUUUUUGCAAUACUCUGGAUGUGUUCACUGUAAAGACUUGCUAUGAAUGUGUGGUUUUGGGAAUCAGUUUUUGUGUAAUUAAAGCCUCAAGAUUUAUGCAUGAGGUGCUGUCCUUGCAGACAGUGAAUGGGUUAUUAUCUUAAAUGGUCUGUGUUCACAAAGUCCCUUUUUAUACCUUUAGUUUUCACUUUUGGUCUGUAUUUACUUGGUCAUUGUAAGGUGACAAGGCUGCUGAUGUUCAGUCACAUUUUACAGAGCCUUUGGAGCAUUGUGAGCAGCUGAGAGGUUCAGUCUUUGAGCUGCAGAUCACCACUCCUGCAGCUUCACUUUUCCUUCGCAGAGGCUGCUGAGUUCAGUUCCCUGGGGAACAUAGUGAGCUGGUUUUGCAAUGAGAGGGUGUCCUUAAAAAUUGGAUUUGUUACCCUUACUUUGUGUGCAGUGGUACUACCAAAGGGUAGCAUUCAAACAGAGUUUUAAUGGAAAGGCCCAUACCUGUACAAAUUAUUAAUUUGGAAUAUAGGUCUGUAAUGUGUUUAUUCUACAAAGAAUAAUGAAAACUUGAAAUAUCCAAUAUUAUUGUAGGAGUUACACUUUCUACGUGGUGAAUAUUUUAUUUCCUUCAGAAAACAAAAUAAUUAGACUGCUCUAGGUAGUAACUAAGACUUUUAUGCCAAGAUUCAGUUCAGGGAAUAAUUUGUCUCACAGGUUUAUAGUACUGAGUUGGUAUUCAGUGAAUACAGUGCACAUACAGCAGAAAAACAAACUUACUUUUCUGUAACACAGUUGGAAGAAAGCUUGCGUGGUAUUUUAAGGAUGACUUGGCUCUCUGAAGAUGAGACCAGUGCUUAUGCCUUGGCUUACUCCUGUCAGGUACCUGAGCUUGUGCAGCUCUAGAGGAGCUGGUGAUGACCAGGCCGCCAGAAGAGCAUCAGAGGAGCCUCCCCGGCCCCUGGGGAUGUUCAGGUGCAAUGGACCAGAAAAGGUGUUCCCUGCUUUCAGCAGAGCAGGAACACCUUGGUUGUGCUCCCCUUUGAGGCCAGUCAAGCACUCAGUCCCUGAGCAGGAUUCUUGCUCCAAAGGGGGAUUUCUUCUCAAGCAAUGGCUUUUGUGUGCUCAUUGUGUGUUUUCACUUGUCAGUUUAUUUUUGCUCAGGGCAGUACUGGAGGUCUGAAAGAAAAGGCAGUCCCAUGGGUAGAUAAAGUUGCAGAUCCUGGAGACUUGCAUCCCUUCAGUAGUGCUGGGGAAGCCCUUGCAGAUAAAGACUAAAAAUAUUUAUUUAAAAUAGAGUAGUACUUCUCAUGUUCAGGGAAGAUUCUUCAUUGUGCUCUGCCUGGAUUCAUUUCUGUCCCUUUUUUUGCAAGUUUCCUCGUUGUUAUUUUUAGUCUGGACCAACUGUUCAGACUGACAGGUCACUAUUUUGUUUCUUUAAAUCACUGGUUAGUGAAUGCAGAGUGGAGCCUUGGUGAACUGAGCAAACAUUGCACUGUGGGUACACACGUGUUUGUUGAUGCACUAUUAGAACCAAGGGUCUGUACAUAGAAUUUUGUUUUGGAGCAAUAUUUGCAAAACUUGAAAACUGUAUCUUGGUGUUUGGAAUAAAUAAAAAAUAGGUUUUUGUUGAUUAAGUCUUAGUAAAGUCUUUGUUUCAAUUA